AACAAAGACCUGAGACAUUAUCUCAACCAGAGGUUUCAGAAAGGAUCGCCGGAUCACGAUCUGCAGCAGACUAUUAGAGAUAACCUUUAUCGCCAUGCUGUGCCUUGCACAACCCGCCCUCCAAGAGAAGGAGAAGUGCCUGGUGUGGACUAUAACUUUCUGACUGUGGAGGAGUUUCUGGAGUUGGAGCGAAGUGGGACCCUUCUGGAAGUAGGAACUUACGAAGGUAACUAUUAUGGAACGCCCAAGCCUCCCAGCCAGCCCCUCAGUGGGAAAGUGACUUCCACCGAUGCUUUGCAAAACCUGCAGUCUGGCUCCAAGCAGUCGACUCCAAAGCGAACCAAGUCUUACAAUGAUAUGCAAAAUGCUGGCAUAGUGCAUACAGAGAAUGAGGAAGAGGAUGAUGUACCUGAAAUGAGCAGUAGCUUCACAGCAGAGUCUGGUGACCAAGACGAGCAUAAUACGCGUAUCGUAAGAGAGACAGCCCCACCGUCCGCGAUUGAUAGCCACACCAACGUUCCCACCACGGAACCAUCUCAGAACCUCCCUCAAUACCUACCUCCUUCUGCCGAGGAUAACCUAGGUCCUCUGCCGGAAAACUGGGAGAUGGCCUACACCGAGAACGGAGAAGUCUAUUUUAUAGACCAUAACACAAAAACAACAUCUUGGCUAGAUCCACGGUGCCUGAACAAACAGCAGAAGCCUCUAGAAGAAUGUGAAGAUGAUGAAGGGGUACACACGGAGGAACUGGACAGUGAACUAGAGUUGCCUGCUGGUUGGGAGAAAAUUGAGGAUCCCGUAUAUGGUGUCUACUAUGUAGACCACAUCAACCGGAAGACACAAUAUGAAAACCCAGUUCUUGAAGCGAAGAGGAAGAAACAGCUUGAGCAACAGCAACAGCCACCAGAAGAAUGGACAGAGGAGUGUCCAUCUCUCCCACCACCCGCUGCUCCAAACCAUGUUUCAAACAACCAGGAGGCAGUUCGGGAAGCACCAGUGCAAGGAAAACCUUUUUUUACACGAAACCCUUCUGAGUUGAAAGGGAAGUUCAUCCACACCAAGCUAAGGAAAAGCAGCAGGGGUUUUGGCUUCACUGUCGUUGGAGGGGAUGAGCCGGAUGAAUUUCUCCAAAUCAAAAGUUUGGUGCUUGACGGCCCCGCAGCACUGGAUGGCAAAAUGGAAACAGGGGACGUCAUAGUCAGCGUGAACGAUACCUGUGUGCUGGGGCACACUCACGCUCAAGUUGUGAAGAUCUUCCAGUCCAUCCCCAUCGGUGCCAGCGUGGACCUUGAACUGUGCCGAGGCUACCCACUGCCCUUUGAUCCCGAUGAUCCCAACACGAGCCUGGUUACGUCCGUGGCAAUUUUGGACAAAGAGCCGAUCAUUGUGAACGGGCAGGAAAAUUACGACUCCCCUGCGAGCCACAGUAGUAAAACAGGGAAAGUAAAUGGCACAAAGGAAGCAAGACCCAGCAGCCCGGCUGAGGUCUCUUCCAACGGACCCCAUGGUUACCCCAAUGACACGGUCUCUUUGGCAUCUUCGAUAGCAACACAACCUGAACUCAUAACUGUGCAUAUAGUGAAAGGGCCUAUGGGCUUUGGGUUUACUAUAGCAGACAGUCCCGGUGGGGGUGGCCAAAGAGUGAAACAAAUUGUGGACAGCCCACGGUGCCGCGGCCUGAAGGAGGGCGAUCUUAUAGUCGAAGUCAACAAGAAGAAUGUGCAGAGCCUCACUCACAACCAGGUGGUGGAUAUGCUGAUUGAAUGUCCUAAGGGAAGCGAAGUCACGUUGCUGGUGCAGCGAGGAGGACUGCCGGUCCCAAAGAAGAGCCCAAAGUCGCAACCACUUGAAAGGAAAGACAGCCAAAACAGUUCUCAGCAUAGCGUCUCCAGCCACCGCAGCGGGCACACCGCUUCCCCCAUUCACAGCACGCAGGUGCUGCCGGACUACACCGCCGCGGAGGCGCCGGCUGCGGAUCAACCGGACAGUUCUGGGCAGAAAAAGCCAGAUCCAUUCAAAAUCUGGGCCCAGUCCAGGAGCAUGUAUGAAAGCCGACCUAUGUCACCUUCGCCUGCAACUGGACUGAGCAAGGGUGAGAGAGAGAGAGAAAUCAAUUCCACGAGUUUUGGAGAAUGUCAAGUUCCAGAUUACCAAGAGCAGGAUAUCUUUCUAUGGAGAAAGGAAACCGGUUUUGGAUUUAGGAUUCUAGGUGGAAAUGAGCCUGGAGAACCUAUUUACAUCGGCCACAUUGUACCGCUGGGUGCUGCUGAUGCUGACGGCCGCCUGAGAUCGGGUGAUGAACUGAUCUGUGUGGAUGGGACGCCUGUUGUCGGGAAAUCGCACCAGCUUGUCGUCCAGCUUAUGCAACAGGCAGCCAAACAAGGUCAUGUCAAUCUGACCGUCAGGCGCAAAGUGGUUUACACAGUUCCCAAGGCAGAGAAUGAAGUCCCGUCCCCAGCCUCUUCCCACCACAGCAGCAACCAGCCGGCCUCACUUACGGAGGAGAAGCGAACGCCGCAGGGCAGCCAGAACUCCCUCAACACUGUCAGCUCGGGCAGCGGCAGCACCAGUGGCAUCGGCAGUGGUGGUGGCGGGGGCAGCGGUGUCGUCAGCGCCGUGGUCCAGCCCUACGAUGUGGAAAUCCGCCGCGGCGAAAACGAGGGGUUUGGCUUUGUCAUCGUCUCGUCGGUGAGCAGGCCAGAGGCGGGGACGACGUUUGGUCGGAUAAUUGAAGGGAGUCCCGCAGACCGCUGUGGCAAGCUGAAAGUAGGCGAUCGGAUCUUGGCUGUGAAUGGGUGCUCCAUCACCAACAAGUCGCAUUCAGACAUCGUCAACCUCAUUAAGGAAGCGGGAAACACCGUUACCCUGCGCAUCAUUCCAGGAGAUG